AUUCCCGUGAUUUUAAAGUAAUAUAAGGUGUUUUAGUUUAAAAUUUUUAUUAUAAGCUUGAAAGUGUAUUAGUGCAGAUCAGAACACUGAUUGUAAUGGACGAUAUAAAUUUGAAAGGCUGGACUAGAGCCGAAUUUUUGAAAGAAUUUGAAAACCUUCCUUCAGAUGAAGAUUCAAUAGUUAAUGGCGAACUAGAUAAUCAAUGGUAUGAGGGAGAAUUUAAUUGUACUGUGGAAGUAGAAGAUAAUAUGCAACAAGAUGAUAUUGUUUAUGCUUUUGUAGAAGAUUCAGAAUCUGAUGGUUCUGAAUGGAAUGUACCUCUGAAUAAAAUUAGGGAUAUACAGAAACAGUUGCAGUAUGAUGCGGAUCCUAUUUGGUGCCAGACCAAUAAUAUAAUGGAACCACCUGGUUUUGAUCAAUAUUCAGGAGUAACGCGAGUUGUUCAGGAAAUUCAGGCUCCAUCUCCAUAUAAGUUAUUCAGGUUACUAUUUGAAGCUGAUAUAAUUAACAAUAUAGUGUUCCUAACAAAUCUUUAUCAAGAUUAUCAUAUUAGAGUAAGAAUUUUUUAAGUACUUACAUUUAAAAAUUAUUUAACAAUCAUUUCCCUUCAGCCAUAGUGGUACAGACCCUGUA